AAAUGCUCUUUUGGUGAAGAUUUCGAUCAUUUUCUGGAAUCUUCGUCGCCCUCCUCCUCAGAGACUGAGAGUGAGUGAGAAGACGGCAAUGACGGAAGUGAAGCGGUGGAGCGUCACCUACACCAAGCACAUGAAGCAGAAGCGCAAGGUUUACCAGGACGGUUUCUUAGAGCUCAACACCUCCACUAAUAAGGUGUUGCUGUACGACGAUUGUGAGAAGCUCUUGGAGUGCAGGCUCUUGAAGAAAGACGAAGAAGUUAGCUCAGGCGAAACACUCACAUUCAAUGCUUUUCUUGUUGACGUGAACGAAGCUGAUUCAGCCGAAGGAGAUCGCAAACCUGUACCUGGUUUCAAUUCUCAAGCAAAAGAUAUGAAAUUCAAUGAGAAACGCGCAAAGCCGUUUGUGAAUACAAGGAAUAAGCCGCAGCCAAAUUCGAGCCCGUCGCAAAAGAUAAUUAGAGAGUUCAAGAAUAGGGAACAGCACAAGUAUGGUGCAGCACAAAGUAGUCCAGAAACGAUGAAAACUAGCAAGACAGAAUGGCAGGUUCUAUACACCACACAACUAACUCAAAAGGCCAAGAAGUAUCAUGAUGGUUUCUUACAACUUGCAAUUUCUGGGUCUUAUGGAAAGCAGAUAAUACUGUUGGAUGAAAGCAGGAAUCACUUAGAUAGCAGGUUCCUUAAGAAAGAUGAAGUCCUAGCAUCCGGUGAAUCAAUAGGAUUUAGUGCUCAUUUAGUUGAAAUUGGAGAAUGUGAAGGAGAUAAUAAACCCGGGAAAAGCACAAAGUAG